GCUCUCUCUCCUCAUGAUCUCUCUCUCUUUCUUUCCUCAUGAUCUCUCUCCCUCUCUCCUCAUGAUCUCUCUCUCCUCAUCUCUCUCUCUCUCCUCAUGAUCUCUCCCCUCAUGAUCUCUCUCUCCUCAUGAUCUUUCUCUCUCCCUCUCUCUCCUCAUCUCUCCUCAUGAUCUCUCUCCUCAUCUCCCCUCAUGACCUCUCUCUCUCUCUCCUCAUGAUCUUUCUCUCUCCCUCAUCUCUCUCUCUCUUUCCUCAUGAUCUCUCUCCCUCUCUCCUCAUGAUCUCUCUCUCUCUCUCUCCUCACGAUCUCUCUCUUUCCUCACGAUCUCUCUCUUCCUCUCUCCUCAUGAUCGCUCUCCCUCUGUGUGUGUGUGCGUGUGCGUGUGUACGUGCGUGAGAGAUUAGCUAUAGUAAAAAUGUUCUUACCAGAUGUUAGCACCACUGACCACACACACACACACACACACACACACACACACACACACACACACACACACACACACACACACACACACACACACACACACACACACACACACACACACACACACACACACACACACUGGGGUUAAGAUAAUAUGGACAAGCAUCGCAGUCCGUUUUCCAGGGAGUCUCCAAGUUUAAUGGCAUUUCAUUAUAAUUGCUAUGAUGUCAGACUGUCCAUCCAAUUUAAUCGGACUAAAAACAACAACAAGAAAUUCGUUCAGUUCAGACAGACAGAGAGAGAUAGGACAUUCGGACUGUCCGGUGAAGAAGACUUACCAAUACAACUGUGUCAAACAGGUUUGUAUUGGCUACUUUCGUUGUGGGUGGUUAUCUUUGUGUUGACAAUAUUUGGUAAAAUGUUUAAUUUGUUCCUUCUUUAAAAUAGUUUUCUCUCUGGCUUUUUCUUUUGUAAUCAACGGACACGGCGCAUCACAAUGAUGUAGUUUCUUGGCAACGCGAGCGUCCACUCCACUCCGGCCCGUCAACAACAGGACAGUUUGAAGGAUGUUGCCUCCCCGCUCCCUCCCUCUGUCUAUUCUCUCUCUCCUCCUGGUUGUUGUCGAGGCGGGCCUGUGCGUUGCUGAGACCCCCCAGCUGCACGGCGGUUUCCGUGGUUGCGCGGUGCGGGAUUUUUCCUUCAUGGCCCAGAAGCCGGGAUGCAGGAACCUCCGCAUCGACACCGAGGCCUGCUGGGGCCGCUGUCAUACCUGGGAGAAGCCGCUCCCAGAGCCCCCCUACGUCCUGCGGCAUCACCGUGUGUGUUCCUACGGUCGUACUCGCUACCUGAUGGUCCGUCUGCCAGGCUGCCAGCCCCACGUCUCCCCGCUCUACCCUUACCCCCUCGCCCUGCAGUGCCACUGCACCGUCUGUUCCACACAGGAUACGGAGUGUGAGACGUUCUGAUACGGACUUCUGUGUGUGAAAAGAUUUAAGGUUGAUUUAAGCAAUGAGGCCCGAGGGGGUGUGGUAUACGGCCAAUAUACCACGGCUAAGGGCUGUUCUUACGUACGACGCAUCGCGGAGUGCCUGGAUACAGUCCUUAGCCAUUGGAUAUAGUCCUUAUAUUGGCCAUAUACCACAAACCCCCUGAGGUGCCUUAUUGCCAUUAUAAACUGGUUACCAAAGUAAUUAGAGCAGUAAAAAUACAUAUUUUGUCAUACCCGUGUUAUACGGUCUGAUAUACCACGGCUGUCAGCCAAUCAGCAUUCAGGGCUCGAAUCAAUGUAAUGUAAUGUAAUGAAUCACCCAGUUUUAUAAAAUGCUUCAUACCACUGUAAUAUGACACAGCAACCUUGUUAUAAAAUGUAAUCAUGUAUAAUAAUAAUAAUAAUAAUAAUAAUAAUAAUAAUAAUAAUAAUAAUACAAUCUGUUGAGCGAUUAUUUUUCCUUUUUUUAUUUAGUCAACCCUUCCAACAUUCUUUCAGGUCACUUAUUUACAAAAUGUAAGUUGCUCAUAGACAUAAAUACAGUUUUUUUAAUGUACAUCCUUUAGUCUCUCUAGUUUAGUGGCCAUAGAAACAAAAUGAAUCCAAACGGAAUUGGAACUUCGGAAUUGGGACUUCGGAUUUGGAACAAUUUCACUGGUAAAACCAAUGGGCACAUUCAAAAUGGCUGCCAGUCCACUCACUGACUUGAGUGGGGAUGUCCAUUCUACUCAUUCUAGUUCUGUGUUGUGGCUGUAUAACAGAUAUAUGUAGUGGUUUUAAUGAUUGUAUUAUCUAUAGUUGUUUAACUGGAUGUCACUGUCUACGUCCCAAUUGGCACCAAAUCUGUCUUUGUAGUGCACUAGUUUGUAUGGGCCCUGGUCAAAGGUAGUGCACUAGUUUGUAUGGGCCCUGGUCAAAGGUAGUGCACUAGUUUGUAUGGGCCCUGGUCAAAAGUAGUGCACUAGUUUGUAUGGGCCCUGGUCAAAAGUAGUGCACUAGUUUGUAUGGGCCCUGGUCAAAAGUAGUGCACUAGUCAAAAGUAGUGCACUAGUUUGUAUGGGCCCUGGUCAAAAGUAGUGCACUAGUUUGUAUGGGCCCUGGUCAAAGGUAGUGCACUAGUUUGUAUGGGCCCUGUUCAAAAGUAGUGCACUAGUUUGUAUGGGCCCUGGUCAAAAGUAGUGCUGCACUAGUUUGUAUGGGCCCUGGUCAAAAGUAGUGCACUACAUAGGGAAUAGGAUGUUGACUCAAAGUGUCACAAAAUGUCUUCUGUUCCUAAAUAAACCAACGUUUAAACCAACAAAUCUUAAAUAAAGCAACUGUAUGAAAA